GCACUUUACUAACCCGAGCCUUCUGCGUAUAUCUUCUAUUUUCAGCUUAAGAUGCGCCCCCACACUCUUCAUUUUGCUUCUCCGAGCGCAGUGUCGCUCUUCCAAUAAACCCUUGCAGCAGUAUUUGCAAAUUAAACCCCUCUCUCUCGCGGAUUGAAGGCUUUGGAACACAAUAAUGGUGGAUUGGUGGUGGUCUUUAGUGGGGGCUGCAGUACCUGCUGUAGUGGCAGGGCAGGCUUUCCGGAUGAAAAAGAGGCGAGCUGAGGAGCAGAGGUUGAAGAGUGCGCGAGGGCGCGAGAAAAGCUCUGAUGAUAUAUUUGUUUGCGAGAGGGUGUGUACUUCGAAGAGGAUGCUCAAUAAGGUCGGUGCGUUUUCUAAGGAACCAACUCUUGAUACUUGUGUUACCGUCUGUGGCGUUUCUCAGCUUGAUGCCUGUGCUGAUGCGUGUGCUAGAACUGUUUGUGUUAAUCAACACCAGGUGCCCAAUUGGAAUGAUAUUUGUCUUAGGAGGUGCCAAAGUGAGUGCCUUAAGCUCUCAAAUUCUUCUGCUAAUUCUUCAUAGUUGCUACUUUGUUUUCUUGAACUCUUUCCAAUGACUUUGAUGUAAUUUUAGUGUUUUUUGGUUGGUGCACCGAUUUAAACGGUUGAUUUAGAAAUUAUGUUUGAUGUUCUAUUUGUCUGGUCAAAAUAGUAUGGGGGCUAUAUACAUCAUCACAUCUGGUACUGAAAAUGAUUCCGUCUUUUCUUUUUGGCUUUUGAAUGAAUAUGUGGUACUCUUCUUGUAUUCAAA